GUAGACUGCAGCACAGAAUUCCAUGAGACGGAUAGAUUAUGUCCUCAACGACCUCUUAUGAAUUUCUGCACUCAUUGAACGCUGUUCAGCUCCAAUCUGUCCUCCACGACCCAUCAAUACCACUCCAGAUUCUCGCAGGCCCAGGCAGCGGCAAGACUAAAGUUCUCACCUCUCGCAUCGCCUACCUGAUCCUCCACCACGGCCUUCCUGCUUCAUCCAUAUGUGCGGUCACUUUCACAAACAAGGCGGCAAACGAGAUGCGCGAGCGGCUUGGCAAGCUCAUAGGAAAACAGAAAACCGCGCAAGUACGCAUGGGCACGUUUCACGCCCUGUGUGCCUUGUUUCUGCGCAAGUACGCCCAAGUUGUGGGAAUCGGACAGAAUUUCACAGUUUGCGAUGCCGACGAGAGCAAGAAGAUCAUUGCGGGUCUGCUUAAGCCUUACAAAGAGGUUCUCGCCGCGCAAGACCUUACUCUCAAGGACGGCACUGUGCUGUCGCUGAUUUCUAGAGCCAAAGCGAAAGGUCUCAGUGCGAAAGACAUGAUGGGUGAAUGUACGUCUAAAGUGGGGACCGAUAACGAAUUGGACCGCAUCGUCGCGCGCAUAUAUCAAGACUACGAGAAGGCGUUGAGGCGGAGUAACAGUCUCGAUUUCGAUGACUUACUCGUCUACGGUGUAAGGCUCUUCUCUGAGCAUCUACCCUCAAGGAAUUGGUGCAGACAUGUACUAGUCGACGAAUUCCAAGACACGAACGUCACCCAAUAUGAACUUCUCAGAGCACUGGGUGCAUCGACCGAGGGUCGGGUAACAGUUGUUGGAGAUCCCGACCAGUCGAUAUACGGAUGGCGUUCUGCAGAGGUCGGAAACUUGGCGCGGAUGAAGACCGACUUCCACGGAACCCUACAGAUCUUUCUAGAGGAGAACUACCGAUCAACCGGCGCAAUUCUCAAAGCGAGUCUCGCUAUCGUCUCUCAGGAUAAAACCCGAAUUCCCAAGACGCUGCUGACUUCGCACCCACAAGGAGUUGUUCCCGUGUUGCGUCCCUUUCCUUCGGAGCAGGAUGAAGCGAACUUCAUUGCUGUCGAGAUCAAACGUCUCGUAGCUUCCACGGGCGGUGUACUGAGAUGGGGAGAUUUUGCCAUUUUACUUCGAUUCAAUGCGCUUUCUCGGGCGAUCGAGAGCGCUCUUCAGAAGGAAGCCAUCCCUUGUGUCAUUCUUGGUGGACACAAGUUCUUCGAACGACAAGAAAUCAAAGAUAUUCUCGCCUAUCUCCAGCUCGUCGACAAUCCGAACUUCGUUCCGGCAUUGACCCGGGCCAUCAAUGUCCCCUCAAGAUCUAUCGGUGAAAAGUCCAUUGCUGCGGUCAUCGACCGAGCCGAGAAGACCAGAUUGUCGCCAUUGGAAGUCGUUGAACACAUCUGCGAUGCGAAGCAGCCCGACGUGAAGCCCGCUUUGAAACACAAGUUAGUUUCAUUCGUCAAGGCCAUUCGUGUUCUGCGGCAAUUGGCUGACGAGGGAGCCUCCCCGCCCGAUCUUAUCCGGCGGUUGCUGGAAUUGGUCGAGUACGAAGAUCACCUGAAGAGGACCCAAGAUCAAUGGGAAAGUCGGUGGGAAAACGUGCAGGAGCUGAUCACGUUUGCGAGUGAAGUUGAGUUGUCCGAGGACAGUGACACGACGCCGCUGCGAUCCUUCCUACAAGCAUCGAUGUUGUCCUCAGAGGGAGACAACCAGAGCGAAGAGGACAGCAAAGAGAAAGUGACCAUUUCAACCUGCCACUCGGCGAAGGGAUUGGAAUGGCCGGUCGUGAUGAUCCUGCGGUGGAAGGAGGUAUAUUCCCAUUCUACCGCGCUGAGGACGUGCAAGAGGAACGUCGUCUGCUCUAUGUUGCUUGUACUCGCGCGCAGAGUUUGCUCUAUCUUUCUCACGUAAUGAAACGGAAAGCAGGCGGUGAAAUCAAGACGAAGGACGUUUCCGAGUUCGUUUCGACGGCUGUGAAGAAAGAUUCUACUGUAUUCAGCUCUCGAGCGUCCCAAUUCAGUGCUGCUGAAAGGAGAGUUGUAUGCCAUGUAUUGCGACGCCCAGAAGCUAGCGAAGAAGAGGUCGAUCGAAGAGUCGCUGAAUUCCGGAAAACUGCAAGAUAUCUCGCUCUUGCCGAGGUGUCUGGUAAGAUCCCUGAAGUGACCUGGCAUCCAGCGCUUACUGCACUUUCACCGAAUUCGGCGACAUUUGCGACUGCAGGGCACCAGGUGCCUCUUUUGAAGCGAGGACUGUCAUCCGUCCAGACCGGGAAACUCCCGGCGGGGUUCCAUUCCGAGUCGGAAGCAGUCCGAGUCCCAGUUCGUGCUCAAGUUGAGAAGACAGCACAUCUGCCCUCUGGAUCCCAUCCAAUACAAAGUCAAACUAUCCCUGUGAAACGGCGGUUGGGGAUGGGUCGUGGCACGAUGGGAUUUCCGAAUAAAAAGUUCAAACCACCCUUCAUUCAAUGAUGCUUAAACAACCUCUCGAUUAUCUUCCCCGCAAGCUACAAAUUCUAGACUGAACGUCAUGCUACAUCGAGUCGACAGUGCAACACUCUUCGAUGGCUCCCAAGUCGGAUAAUUGCGGUAGCUGACAUGAUUAUGUAAUGUAGUAUGGCUCCCAUAGAUUCCCGAUAUAUUCAAUACAACCGACGACAAGCCGCAGAGUCGGUCAGGAAUGCAGCCAGCCUUAUCAAGAUUUGGAGGUAAUUCCAAUAGCGAUUUGGAUCAUCAACGUCCGAGUUGCAAGAUGAAGAGUCAGGAUCAUAGGUGAUUUGUGAUCGCUUCCCGCGUACCCUUGACCAGAACCAUCACAAUAAUGUCGACCGAGAAACCUCAAUCGACCCGUCUUCCCUCUCUCAAUCAGCUUGCGGCACGCAUCAACCUCAACGCGAAUGGAGCUCCGAGCCCCCCUGCGGCCGUCGGCGCCUCAUCGCGCCCUCGGCUAUCCGCGUUCGCCUUACGCACCAACUCGAGCACCAACGUUUCCACCGCAUCAUUGUCUACGGUCGCAUCCACAAAUGACUCGGUCGCCGUCAACGCACCCUCCACGCGCUCUGUGUCGCCGUCGGCCGCUAGCGAUGCGACUUUCGACUUGUCUACCCCCGUGUCCGCUGCUGGCGGCGACCCCAAUCUGACGUCCGAAAAGCUUGAAAAGCUCAACGAAGAAACCGUCGCUCCGCUUCCGGAAAUCCAGAAGAAGGAAAAGGUGCCUGUGGGGUACAAGAACAUUCCUAGUCUGGAUGCGAUCACGGCGAGGUUACAGAAGACGCGGGCCCUCAGCAUCGAUGGGACAGCCAAGCCGCCUGAGCCGGAGAUGAUUGAGGAUCCCAAGACGCCUGGCUUUGUGAUGAAGGCGCCAGAGCACCCGCUCAUGUAUCCGUGGACGAUCUUCCACGAUACGAAAGCGAAGAUGCCGUUUACCCCUGCACCGACGACGGGCUCUGGACCCAACGCGCCCUCCUCCGGGCCACCGUCGGCCUCGCAGGAAGCCUUCCCCGUGCACGCUGCGGAGACGGGCGAGUACGAGGCCGGUUUGACCGUUGUGGGUGAAUUCUCGACCGUCGAGGAAUUCUGUCGGUACUUCAACUGGCUCAAGCCCCCCUCGCAACUCGAGCGCAACUCGAACUACCACCUGUUCAAGUCGGGCAUCAAGCCCAUGUGGGAAGACGAGGCGAAUGCGAACGGAGGCAAAUGGGUGCUGACGAUGAAGAAUAAUGCGGCGUUGUUGGACCGGUGUUGGAACUGGCUGGCGAUGGCUUUGGUUGGUGAAGAACUCGAGGAGGGACAAGACCUUAUCUGCGGCGCUGUCGUGAGUCUACGGAGCAAGGUCGACCGCAUCCAGGUUUGGACACGGAUCAAGGACGACGUCGAGAGGCUGAACAGCAUCGGGCGCAAACUGGUGAAACUAUUGGACGUCUCAGAGGCGGAUGGAAUUGGAUUGGAGUUCCAGUACAACACUGACGAUCGCCCUUUGCCAAACAAAUUCUUGUCCAUUCAGUCGAUGCCUCAGACCUCUUAUCGCUCGUCCUUCACGCCCGGUGGCGUUCCGGGACGGUUGAGUGCCCAUGGACGGACCGAAUCUGUCGGAGCCAACGGUGCACCGUACACUCCCAUCGAACAGUCCUCAGCACCAGCCAGCGCUGGCCCGGCUAGCGGUGCAUUUGGCAGCUUCGGUAUCGGGAUCGGUGGUUCUGCAGCUUGGAGAGGACAGAAGCGGGGUUAGGUAGUUACAUGGAAAGUACGCUUGUCUGGUUCGUUGUACUACGAUGUAAUUCAUAGG